AGGGAACAGAUUGCUUGCGCAUUUUGAUUUGAGCAAGUAGUGAAGAACACAUACACCUUCCAGGGGUCUCGAUAUGGCGGGAAAAUGUCCCUAUAGUCCUCGCCACAAAAAAACCCUAACCCUUCUAUCUCAGCCAGCAUAAUCUCUCUCUUUCCCUCUCUCUCUGAAACGCCCUCCUCUAGUUCAGUCUCAUCGACCUGUGAUUACCCCAGAGAAUGUCUCAUCCACGGCAUCAGUGAAUCGCAGGUACGAAGCUACACAAGUGGUUACCAACGAGUUGCAGAUUCUGCCUAAGAUAUAUUUAGUUUGGGGAUAAAAUGUCUGAUGCGUUUGAAGAUGAAGCCGAGCAAACCGUUUCGAUCCAGGAGUACCUCAAAGGCGUAGAGGAACAGGAGCUGGAAGCAGACCUGGUUUUGGGAGGAGAUGAGGGCAAGGAAUGCACUUAUAUUAAUGGUUAUAUGAAGAGGCAGGCAAUUUUUUCAUGUCUAACUUGUACCCCAGAUGGAAAUGCCGGAGUUUGCACAGCCUGCUCCUUGUCUUGCCAUGAUGGCCAUGAGAUUGUGGAGCUUUGGACCAAGAGAAACUUUAGGUGUGACUGUGGAAAUUCAAAAUUUGGGGAGUUCUUCUGCAAACUUUUCCCAAAUAAAGACAUUGAGAAUGCCGAGAACUCGUAUAAUCAUAACUUCAGAGGUUCAUACUGCACAUGCAGUAGGCCCUAUCCUGAUCCUGAUGUUGAAGAGCAAGUAGAAAUGAUACAGUGCUGUAUAUGUGAGGACUGGUUUCACGAGGAGCAUCUUGGUCUUGAAUCUUCUGAUGAGGUUCCAAGAGAUGAGGAAGGUGAACCUCUGUACGAGGAUUUCAUAUGUAGGGCCUGCUCAACCAGCUUUUCAUUUCUGGGGUCAUAUCCUCAGUCCAUCUGGGCGGCGGGCAGACAAUGUGAUGCCACCGUUGAUACUAAUAAGGAUAAGAAUGUGUUGGAAGAUACAUCGUCAGCUGGUGGAUCUGGAAAACUAAAGAAUGAUGUUGAUGCCCGUAAUAAUCCUGAAGUUGAUCAUACCAAAUCGGAUUCUGAGUUUGCAUGUGAUGGGGAUGGUAUGUCUCUUGGAGAAAAUUCUCAGAAUAAUGUGGGUUCUGAUCAAUGUGUAAAAACUAGCAGUCCUUUGACUACUUGUGUUCUUGGAGUAAACCCGGAGAACGCAUCCCCUGCUCUGGAGAAUAAACCACUGUUUCUUUCCAAAAGCUGGCGUGAUGUCCUCUGCAGAUGUGAAAAAUGCUUGGUUAUUUACACCCAGAAGCGUAUUGCUUUUCUGCUUGACAAGGAGGACUCUAUUGCAGAGUAUGAGAAAAUGGCAACACUGAAGAGGACAGAAAAGUUACAGGAACGGGAGGGUGCUGAGCUAAGUUUAUUCAACAAUCUCGGUCAUAUAGAAAAAAUGGAGAUUCUAAAUGGCAUAGCUGAUAUGAAGAAUGAGAUCCAUGGUUUCCUGGAGUCCUUCGACUCAACAAAGCCAAUCACAGCCGCUGAUGUACACCAGGUGUUUGAGAAUCUAGCAAAGAAGCGCCGCCGCCUCGACUGAGUUUCUGUUGUCGAGAAUUUGCUACAGUUGAAUGCAUGUGUAACUGUUGGGCUUCCGCGUUGACAGCGGAGACAUCCAUGUUAAAAAACAAUCACAAAACAUGCAUGACAUGGUUUUCGGCUGCUCUUUUAAGUUAGAAUAAACUUACCAAACAUCAACUGCUUUGCCUUGUAAAUUUAUUUGCUUAUGCACUUCUAAACUUAAUUGGGAUGUUUGCCAGCACUA